CCGUCUUUGCCGAGGCUCGCUGGCUUCAAAAGACAUCUCGCUCUUCACACGCGGCUCUCUGCCCAGCAAUCCCAUUUCCCGCAUCUCAUCUACAUCAUGCCUCCAGUCACUGUGCACCUCUUGGCUCUGCAAAAAUCAAUCCCCGCCUUCCUAGAUGCCGUCAAAUCCUCCUCUUCCACCCCGCCUCUGGUCAUCUCCAAAGUCAUCCGCUGGAUCGUGCGGCCGACGGAAAUCGAUGCGCGCGAACUGCUCGACACCAAAUGGGAUCUAAUGCUCAUUCAGCUCAAAUCCGCACCCCUCAGCGAAGACCUGCUCUCCAACAAGUGGGUGGCAAAGCGCUACUCCGUCACAGCCGGCGUGCCGAGCAGUCUAGUCAAAGGCUUUGAUGAGAAGAACGACCGCCUGCUGAAUCCGCGGCAAGGCGACGUCCCGCCUCUCUCCAAUUCAAAGCCCCGAAUGGCCAAGUCCGCCCAAAGCCUAGCGCUGGACGACGACCUGCUGCGCUUCGCCAAGUCGUACGAAAUCGGCGGCGCAGUGAGUAUGUACAAUUUGCUGGCGUUUAAGAAGACGCAGGCGGCGCACGACAGCUAUCUCAAGUAUGGGAAGGCGUUUGCGGAGUCGUCUGGCGGUAAGCGGGGCGGGACGGCGAAGGUUGUGGGCAAGGUAAUUGAUGAGGGGUCGCCGUGGACGGAGGUCGCGCUGGCGCAUUACCCGACUAUUCAGCAUUUCACGGAGAUGUUGGCGAGCGAGGACUAUCAGGAGAUCAAUACUAAAUGGCGGUUGCCGGCGCUCGCGGAUACGUGCAUUCUAUGCACGAGUGAAUUGGACCCCAUUCUGACGAACACGGAGAAGUCGUCGAAGUUGUAGAUGCCGCUUCGAACGCAGGCCCGGCAAUUGAUGCCAUAUUCCCGGCCCAUCCGUAUAUUCAUAGCAUGCGGAUGAUAAACAAGCUCAGCCUCUGGCUCGCCCCAGCUUCCCACCUCCACAAUUGGCGGAUGCGGGGCUGUGAUGUACAGAGGUACCUGUUGAGGGGUAGAUCACCAAGAAUCUCCCCGAAUGCAGGUAUAAAGCACCUUGGGGGACCCGGUAUGGUCGUUCUUUGCAAAUACAAAA